AUGGAUAGUUAUAAUCAGCGGUUUGAACCCACUUCCGGACGAGACAGUAAACCUCACAAGAAGAAAGGCUCUUCCAACCUCAACACAUUAAACGAUGAUGGAGACCGCAAACCAAAGUUUCACUUACCCUUUAGAAACAUCACAGAUGAUGUGCUGGACAGAUUCGCCAGUAUUCGGAUCCCAGGGAGUAAAAAGGAGCGGCCACCGUUAUCUCACCCUAAACCAAAUGCCAAUGAUUGGUCCACUGCUUCAUCAUCCACCUCACAUCAGUUUGAGGAUCUCUCAUCAAAGAUCACCUCAGAAAAGGAGAUCUUGGCUCUGUUUGAAAAAAUGAUGGAGGACAUGAACUUGAAUGAGGAAAAAAAGACCCCUUUGAGAGACAAGGACCUCAGCACCAAGAGGGAAAUGGUCAUCCAGUAUGUUUUUACUGCCUCCAAAACUGGUAGCUUGAGAAGCAGUCAUCAGAUAUCUCCCCAGGAGUUUCUGGGAGAGCUGAAGUCUGGGGUGAUGGACGAACGCCUGUUUGCCUGUCUCGACUCACUGAGAGUGUCCCUCAACAGCAACCCUGUCAGUUGGGUGCAGAGCUUUGGACAUGAGGGUCUUGGACUGCUGCUGGACAUUUUGGAAAGGUUGCUGUUCAAGAAACAGCAAGAGAAACUUGACAAAAAGAAUCAACAUAAAGUUGUCCAGUGUCUCAAAGCCGUCAUGAACAAUAAGUAUGGCCUGGAUCGAAUCCUGGGGGAAGAGAAGAGUCUUGCGUUAUUGGCGAGAGCCAUUGAUCCCACCCAGUCUGCCAUGAUGACUGACGUGGUGAAGCUGCUGUCAGCCAUCUGCAUUGUGGGCGAAGAGAACACUUUGGAAAAGGUCCUUGAAGCCAUCACCACAGCAGGAGAAUGGCGAGGCAUCGAGAGGUUCAGUCCCAUUGUGAAGGGACUCCGAGAUCGCUCGGUUCAAUUACAAGUGGCAUGCAUGCAGCUCAUCAACGCACUAGUAACGUCCCCUGAUGAGCUGGACCUCAGGCUGCACAUCAGAAAUGAAUUUAUGCGCUGUGGCCUGAAAGAGAUAUUGCCGCAUCUGACAACCAUAAGGAAUGAGGCCCUUGACAUUCAGCUGAAGGUAUUUGAGGAGCACAAAGAAGAGGACAUGAUGGAGUUCUCCCAUCGGCUGGAAGACAUCAAGUGCGAGUUGGAUGAUGUGGGUGAUGUGUUCAGCAUUGUGCAGAGCAUGGUGAAGGACAGCAACGCAGAGCCCUAUUUUCUAUCUAUACUGCAGCACCUGAUGCUUAUUCGCAACGACUACUUGGUCAGGCCCCAGUACUUUAAGAUCAUUGAGGAGUGUGUGUCUCAGGUUGUGCUCCACCGCAGUGGCACUGACCCCGACUUUGGUUACCGCAAGCGCCUCGAUGUGGACUUCAGUCACCUCUUAGAUGUGUGUGUAGAUAAAGCUCGAUCUGAUGAGUACGAACAAAGAGCUUCAGAACUGGCACAGAAGUUUGACGAGGAGUUUCUAAACAGACAGGAGUCACAAGCUCAGCUGGUUCAGUGUAAUGAUAAAAUAGCUGAACUCCAAGCGGAGCUGCUGGCCUUCCGCUCUCAGUUUGGGGCUGUACCGGUGGGUCUGUCCCCCCCCCAUGUUGGACAAGCAUCAUCUUCCUCAGCCCUUCAGUCUGGGGCUCCGUCGCCUGCUCCAGCAUCUGGGGCACCACCUCCCCCUCCGCCGCCUCCUCCGCCUCCUUUACCUGGAUGCCCUCCCCCACCUCCCCCACCUGGAAUGCCUCCUCCAUUUGGUGCCCCCCCUCCACCCCCUCUAGGGUUUGGGGGUGGUCUAGGCUCCCCCACUCACCGUGCGCUGCCUUAUGGCCUCAGGCCCAAGAAGGAUUUCAAGCCUGAGACCUCCAUGAAGCGCCUCAACUGGUCUAAGAUUCGUCCCCAGGAAAUGUCAGAGAGCUGUUUCUGGGUGCGGGCUGAUGAAAACCAAUUUGCGAAACCAGAAUUACUUCGCAGAGUUGCUCUCACUUUUGGUUCACAAAGAACAGCCAAAAAAGAAGAGGAGGAUCUGGAGGAUAAGAAAUCUAUAAAGAAGAGAAUUAAAGAGCUCAAGGUGCUCGAUGCUAAGAUUGCACAAAAUCUAUCCAUCUUCCUGGGUUCCUUCCGUAUGCCUUAUCAGGAAAUUUGUCGGAUGAUAGUGGAAGUGGAUGAGGAGCAACUCACUGAACCAAUGAUCCAGAACCUUGUGAAGCACCUACCUGAACAAGAGCAGCUGAACGCCUUGGCCAAGUUUAAAAACGAGUACGCCAAUUUGUCAGAGCCUGAGCAGUUUGGGGUUGUGAUGAGCAGUGUGAAGCGGCUGCGUCCUCGUCUCAGCAACAUUCUCUUCCGGCUGCAGUUUGAGGAGCAGGUUAACAACAUCCGUCCAGACAUCCUGGCAGUGAACGCUGCGUGUGACGAGGUCAGGAAGAGCCGCUCUUUCGGACGCUUGCUGGAGCUGGUUCUGCUGCUGGGAAAUUACAUGAAUGCAGGCUCUCGCAACGCCCAAUCAUAUGGCUUCGACCUCAGCUCCCUCUGCAAGCUAAAGGAUACUAAGUCAGCGGACCAAACAACCACAUUACUCCAUUUCCUGGCGCAAGUAUGUGAGGAGGAGUUUCCAGAUGCGAUCUCGUUUGUUGAAGACCUGGACCAUGUAGACCGAUCUAGCAGAGUGUCUGCAGAGAAUCUGGAAAAGAGCCUCAGGCAGAUGGAGAGGCAGCUGCUGCAGCUGGAGAGAGACCUGGAGACUUUCUCCUCCCCCGAUGACCCCAACGACAUGUUCUUCACUAAAAUGGCUAGCUUCGGAAAGGUUGCCAGGGAGCAGUAUGACAAGCUGGUGAUAAUGCACGGCAACAUGGAGACGCUGUAUCACAACAUGCUGGAGUACUUUGCCAUUGAUCCCAAGAAGACCUCUGUGGAGGAGCUGUUCACUGAUCUCAGCAACUUCCGUGCCAUGUUCACUCAAGCUCUAAAGGAUAACCUGAAGCGGAGAGAAACGGAGGAGAAGCAGAGGAGAGCACGUGCAGCGAAGGAGAAAGCUGAGCGUGAGAAGCAAGAGAGACAGCAGAAGAAGAGGAGGCUGCUGGAAGUCAAUGGAGAGAAUGAUGAGACAGGUGUGAUGGAUAGUUUGCUGGAAGCCCUACAGUCAGGAGCUGCAUUCAGAGACCGCAGGAAGAGAGCACCAAGACCCAGAGAUAACCAGCAGAAGACAAUCAGCCCCAGCUCCUUCCGCCAGGUUCUCAGGCCUGUUAACCAUGAAAACAACAAGGUACCUUUACAAAGGUCUCGCUCUCGGCAGAAUAUGAAUUUAGGUUCAGCGGUGAUGAAAGCUCCCCCUCCCAAGGAGGCCCACAAUGACUCUGAGGGUCAUCCGUCUUCGGCCCGGGCGAAGGAGGCGGGCCGCAGGUACAGGAACAACCCGGCUCCGAGCCACUGGCUGAGCAGGGAGAGGGCGGGUGACAGAGAGACGGUGAGGAGCACUGAGAAAGAGAUGGAGGUGGAGAAAGAGCUUCCGUCCCUUCUGCUGUCCUCCACUGUUCCUGCGGUGAACAGCUGUAGCUCCAACGGAGAGUCCGAUGUGGAGGCUCUCCUGGCCAAACUCAGGGCCUUGUGAGGUUUGUUUUCACAUUAGCUCUGAAUUGGCAAAUAUGUACAGCUGUUUGUACCUGCAGAUAUUAACAUACUGAAUGUGACCAAAAAGAUUAAACUUCAUAAAGUCAUCAAAAAAGCAGAACAUUUAGUAAUAAAGAUUAUGAAGGAUUUAUGAGGUGUAAAGUAGCAGGGCAAAUCAUUUAAGAUUUAGAUUCACUGUAGCUAACCAAACAAAGAUACUUUUUAAGAGCUUCAUAGAACAUAUGUUUGUAUAAAAAUACCAUUUGAGGACCAAGCUUUUAACACUUAGACAUCAAUCACUCAGUUGUUCAAGCUCAGAUAGAUGGUCAAACAGAAGGACACUUCAAAUAGAUAAUAUAUUACAAAAGUUGUGAUCGAAUAAAAACACUCUCGAACCUGAUCCUGUAAAGUGCACUACCCAAAGCUCUUGGCUAUCAUUUAUAUCUUCCUUAAAAGUUGAAUAAAACUUCAUACUCAGAAAGUAAAACAUGCGACAUAGCUAAGCACUUAUUUUGUAAUCCAGAACUAUGCAAUUUCCCAAAUAAAUUACAGCUGAUUCCUAAAAAUGCUAAUGAACCUUUAUCCUAUUAUCUUGUCUUACCUUUAGUUUAGUUUACGAUGUAUGUUACACUUAAAAAACGUAAAGCUAAUUUCUGCUUUUAUUACUUUCAUUAUUGAAUUAUUAUCCUCUCUCAUUUUGUGUUCUUGUGUGAGUCCUUUCCAUCCUGUGAUGGGGUGUCUUUUAUAUUCAAAGCAUUGAUCGCAUUGUUUGUAUUAUCUAAAAAUAAAAAAUCCCAAAAAUAUGUAUUCUAUAAAACUAUAAAUAUAAAAACACAAAAGAUGCAAGUAAUGACAUAUGGUUGUAUUACAGUAUGUGUUACAGUUUUAAGAAGUUGGUUUUGAUUGAACUAUAUCUGUCUCUGUCAUUGAUCGUGAGAACAUCUCAGUGAGAAAAGUCUGCAGAAAGGGAACAGUAUCGGAGAGUGUUUUGUUCACAAUGUGGCACGAAAAAAACAAGUUAUUCCAUCCAAAAUGUAACCAGAAUUGAUGCUGCUUUUUCUCUCCUACAUUCCCACCAAAAUGACUCACAUUUGUACCUUUUAUUUGCUCACUUUUAUAGUCCCAUUUGCAAUAAACUGAAGAAAGAAACAUUU